GUUGUUUUGUUCCUCCUAAUCACAUUUUAGCUUAUUCUUGCCAUAUGUUACUUGUUGAGAUUAAAGCAGUUGGUAUCAGGGAUGCCAUCAUUGCUGCCACGUGGAAGCUUUUUUGGGAAUGCUCCUCAGCCUAGUGAAAGUGUUGAAGGUAUACUCCCAAUCACUGCCAAGAAUAUCAGCAAUGAUGAGAAAAUGGAUCUUGGUACCAUAAUCAUCAUUGCUCUAUCUUCCUUUGUACUCUUGGUGGUUUUGGUUGGAGCAUUUUCCAUCAUUUUGAGAUGGAGGAAAAUUAGGAGAUCAUCAAGUGCUGUUGGCCCUGCAUUCACUUCGUAUCUAAACAAGAGAUCUGCCAUGGAGUCUAUGUUUUCAAACAGAAUUUCGAGCUCAAGAUCUAUGUCUCUUCUGUCCACCUUGGCUACUUCUGUUCUCUCUGUUAAAACAUUUUCCUUUUCUGAGCUUGAGAAAGCAACAGCUCAGUUCAGUUCUCAGAGAGUAUUAGGAGAAGGAGGAUUUGGACGUGUUUAUUGUGGGACAUUUGAUGAUGGAACUGAAGUUGCAGUUAAGCUGCUAACAAGGGAUAAUCAGAAUGGAGACCGUGAAUUUAUUGCAGAAGUUGAGAUGCUAAGCCGUUUGCAUCAUCGUAAUCUUGUGAAACUCAUUGGUAUAUGCAUAGAAGGGCGAAGGCGUUGCUUGGUCUAUGAGCUUGUUCGCAAUGGCAGUGUUGAGUCUCAUUUGCAUGGUGUUGACAAGAAAAUGAGCCCUCUAGAUUGGGAAGCACGGAUAAAAAUUGCCCUUGGAGCUGCGAGAGGAUUGGCCUAUCUUCACGAGGAUUCUAAUCCUCGUGUAAUUCACCGAGAUUUCAAAGCUAGCAAUGUGUUGUUAGAAGAUGACUUUACCCCCAAGGUUUCUGAUUUUGGAUUAGCAAGAGAAGCAACUGAUGGAAAUCGUCAUAUUUCUACAAGAGUCAUGGGUACUUUUGGGUAUGUUGCCCCAGAAUAUGCAAUGACAGGCCAUUUACUCGUUAAAAGUGAUGUUUAUAGUUAUGGUGUUGUGCUGCUUGAACUUCUAACAGGCAGAAGACCAGUGGACAUGUCUCAACCACCUGGACAGGAGAAUCUUGUAACAUGGGCUCGACGACUGUUGACAAGUAGAGAAGGUUUAGAACAGCUGGUGGAUCCAUCUUUGGCUGGAAGCUAUGACUUCGAUGACAUGGCAAAGGUGGCUGCUAUUGCUUCAAUGUGUGUACACCCAGAGGUCACCCAGAGACCUUUUAUGGGUGAGGUUGUGCAGGCUCUUAAGUUGAUCUACAACGACACCAAUGAGACCUGUGGGGACUGGAAUAGUCGGAAGGAGUCUUCUGCUCAGGAGUCUGAUUUUAGAGGUGACCUUGCCUUUUCUGAUAGCAGUUGGAGGGAUGCUGAAGGGGUGCCGCAAUUAACAUAUGGGCAAGCACCUUCCUUCAUCACUAUGGAACACAGUUCUGGUCCACUUGAAGAAACUGAAACCAGACCGUUUUCAGCUUCAAACUUGAUGGGAAAUGAGACAUUUAUAUCAAUCAGGCACGAGAAUAGAUCAGGACCCUUAAGAGCAGCCCGAAGCAAGCUAUCCUUUCACAGGUUUACUGGAAGUCAGUGAACAUGUGGUGCUUACUUGAGUUCCUUCCAAGCGUGUUUGGAAUGAUGAUGGAUACUGGGUUCAGAUUUUAGA